AUGAACGACAACGGUCAUCCCGCCGGCCGAGAUCCUGGCCGAGGACGCAACGCCGGCAACAUCGGUCGGAUGCAACACCAAGGCAGACUCCAACAACAAGGUGAUCAUCCAAAUGGCCAUCCCGCCGGCCAAAAUCUCGCCGGACGACUCAACGCCGGCAUCAUCGGUCGUGCUCAAGAAGCCAUGCGAGCAGUUAGGACUCAAUACUAUCAUAUGCAAUUAAACAACCAUCCUGGCGUUCAAAAUUUCGCCGGUGGUCGUGUUCAACAGCCUUUAGGAUACGCCAUCGCCUUAUUACAAUACCAUCAGAUGCAAUUAAACAUCAAUCUUGCGGAGCAACUCAAUGAUGGCAUCAAUGGUGGUAUUCAACACCCUUAUGGAAAUGCAAUUAACCUGCUACAAGACUACAAUAUGCAGUUGAUCAAUGGUGCCGCCCAAUAUUUAGCAGUAUUGUUCAACGCCGACAACAUUGGAGGGCUUCCACCGAGACCUCCUCUUCCUCGUCCACCACCAGGGGUUCCACUGUGGCCUCAUCCUCCUCCACAGGGACUUCCACCGAGACCUCCUCCUCCUCCUCCUCCACCACUAGGGGUUCCACUGUGGCCUCCUCCUCCUCCACAGGGACUUCCACCGAGACCUCCUCCUCCUCCUCCACCACUAGGGGUUCCACUGUGGCCUCCUCCUCCUCCUCCACCGAGGGCUCAACAGAGGCCUCCUGCUCCACCACAGAGGGAUGCUCCUCCUCCUCCUCCUCCUCCUGCUCCACCACAGAGGGAUGCUCCUCCUCCUCCUCCUCCACCACAGAGGGAUGCUCAUCCGUUUCCUCCUCAUCCUCCUCCUCCACCACUAGGGGUUCCACUGGCUCCUCCUCCUCCUUUUCCUCCACCGAGGGCUCCAAUGGCAAGGGUUCCAAGAACUCAGCUUGCUCAACAAGAAGGGCCCUUUCAAGAACCUUUCAUUGCCGGCCAACAGCCUUCUCAGGAGGCUUCCGACGGGGAGUCAUCAAGUGAUAGUCGUCCACCGAUUGCUGGCAGAGGUCAGGUGGAUUCCGGAGUUGGUGGCGGAUGUCGACCACCGGCCAGUAGAAAGAGGCGGGACGGCGCCGAUGAUGAUGAAGGCUCAUCAACUGGAAAACGUGCGAGGCAUCACUCCGGCGAGCCAUCGUCGGCGGUGGCGUAG